CAGUGAAUGCGCCCUGGUGUACCACGGAUGGGCAGAGGGCUGAGGAUCCUGUGCCUGAGAUGAAUCUAGCCAAGAAAUGAAGCCAGCAGGGGUCUCACAGGAUCAGGACCCUGCUCACACACCGGGGGGCCAUCUGCAUCUCAUACUGGGGCCCCUUUCCAACCUUUGGGGCUGCCUCCUGGCGGAGCUUAACAGGCCGAGGCAGCUUCCUGAGCAGCCUGAGGUUGCUCCAGCUGGGUAGAGACGGCCACAUUCCAAGCUCCAGGGUGGCAGGGAAGCUGGGCAGGGAGUUCCUACAGGGAGCGGCAGCCCAGGCUCGGGCAGGCAAGCACUGAAGGGUGGUUCCUCCUUCCGCGGAAAGCCAGAGGCGGAGGAGAUGGAAGAACAGGUGUUCAAGGGGGACCCAGAUACCCCUCACUCCAUCUCCUUCUCGGGCAGUGGAUUCCUCUCCUUCUACCAGGCCGGGGCCGUGGAUGCCCUGCGGGACCUGGCACCCCGGAUGCUGGAAACAGCCCACCGCUUCGCGGGGACAUCGGCGGGUGCUGUGAUCGCCGCCCUGGCCAUCUGCGGGAUUGAAAUGGAUGAGUACCUCAGAGUCCUCAAUGUGGGUGUGGCCGAGGUGAAGAAAUCCUUCCUGGGGCCCUUGUCCCCAUCCUGCAAGAUGGUGCAGAUGAUGAGGCAGUUUCUGUACCGGGUCCUGCCCGAGGACUCCUACAAGGUCACCACGGGAAAGCUCCAUGCCCUAUACUGCAGCUGCUUCGUCCCUGUGUACUGUGGCCUCAUCCCCCCGACUUACCGCGGUGUGAGGUACAUCGAUGGGGGCUUCACAGGCAUGCAGCCUUGCGCCUUCUGGACCGACGCCAUCACCAUCUCCACCUUCAGUGGGCAGCAGGACAUCUGUCCCCGGGACUGCCCCGCCAUCUUCCACGACUUCCGCAUGUUCAACUGCUCCUUCCAGUUCUCCCUGGAGAACAUUGCCAGGAUGACCCACGCAUUGUUCCCCCCGGACCUGGUGAUCCUGCAUGAUUACUACUACCGAGGGUACGAGGAUGCAGUUUUGUACUUGAGGCGACUGAAUGCUGUUUAUCUUAAUUCUCCCUCCAAGAGAGUGAUUUUCCCCCGGGUGGAAGUGUACUGCCAGAUAGAACUCGCCCUUGGCAAUGAGUGCCCUGAACGCAGUCAACCAAGCCUUCAAGCACAGCAGGCCAGUCUGGAAGGAGCCCCACGACCUCACACGGAGUGGGUUCCCAAAGGGGAUGGAAGAGGCGGACAUAAUCCGCCUGCGUCCCCACCUGUGCAGACACUUGAAUCCACAUGUGAGUCACCUGUUUCAGCACCAGUCUCUCCACUUGAGCAGCCACCUGCACAGCCACUGGCCUCUUCAAUGCCACUUUCUCCAACUAUCAUGCCACCUGUAUCAUUCUCAGCUGUGCACAAGCCACCCAGUUCCAUACCUGGCUCAUCACUGCCCACCACACCACCUGGACUGUCACCUGUGUCACCUCAGCAGCAGGUACAACCAUCUGGAUCACCACCCAGAUCUCUACACUCUCAGGCACCCACUUCACCCAGGCCAUCCCUGGGGCCUUCCAUUGUGGGGACACCUCAAACUCCACCCCGAGGUUCUUUUUCAGCCUUCCCUGCUCAGCCACCUGUGGAGGAACUAGGCCCAGAACAGCCCCAAGCUGUAGCUCCUCUUGUCUCUUCAAAUCCAAAAAGCGCCGUGCCUCUGGUUCACGUGAAGGAAACCGUCAGCAAGCCUUAUGUCAUGGAGAGCCCUGCUGAAGACUCAAACCGGGUGAAUAAGGUCUUCAAGAAGAACAAGCAAAAGACAAGUGGCACCAGAAAAGGUUUCCCAAGACAUCCGCGAUCCAAAAAACCAAGCGGCAAAGUGCAGUCUGCUCCCUGCCCACUCCACUUCCCUCUGCUCUCCACUUCUGAGACAGUUUGGCUCACCUACAGACCUCAUCCCAGCCGGAUCCAGGAAUGCAGCUGCCCUGAGGAAGCUGUGAGCCAUGAGAGACAACUGGAGCUGGAAUGGGAAAGAACCUGAGGAUCCUGAGGCCAAGCCUACUUCUCACUGCUGUCGGGCACACUCCCCUGACUCUAGGCCUUUUUGAGGACCAGGGACAAGACCUACUGCCAGUCCCAGUGGUGCACAAGAUCUGUUUCCCUUCCAGGGUGAGCAUCUCAGCUUCCCUGCGAUCCUUUCAACCCUUCCACUACCCUACUCUGGACGGACUGAUGGACACCAGCACUGAUCCACGCUCAUGGACCUUCCUCCCAACCUUGGCCUGAGCUUGCUUCUUUGAGAUGGGCCAGAUCAUUUCUAGUCUCCCCAGGAUCCUGCCCAAGGGCAAAACUCUUGGGGGCCCACCAGGACUGAGCCAACGACACACUCCCUCUUUCCUGUGGUGGCAGGAGCCCAAGUUCUAUUGUCUGGUUUUUAAUUCCCACAGUGUACUAACGGCUUGGCCUGAGCUGGUCACUGGAAUCGCUGGCUGAAAUUGCUCAGGCAGCCCAGGCAUCGAGAUCUUUAGAGCUCCCUCGGGAUUUUGUGGUGCUGCGGUGUUGAGAUAGGCUGCUGUGGAGCCCUGGGUGGCUGUAGAGGAAGAAGAAGGCCAAAUGUCCCUCCCCUGCAGCCAAUGCAAAUGAGGGCUGACUCUCUGUCUGCUGUUCACACCUCAGUGAAAAUGUUCCAUGAGGAAGACAACUUCAGCCUCAAUUUUUCCAGCCUGUCCAGAAAAUAAUUGCCCCCCACCUCCCCAGAGAGCAGACAAUCUCCAGUCCCCGCCGGGCCCAGCGAGGAAACCCCAGCUGCCCACAGGCCUCAGGUACAUUUGCUUACCAAAUCCUGAAAUGCAAAACCCAGAAUGAAUGGGUGGAGGACGAUGCUAAACUGGCCUUAGGAGCCUGAGGAUGCCAUAUGCAAAUUUAAGCCUGGUGGGGUUGGGGAUUUAGGGGCUUGGGGCUCAGCUGCGGCAACAGACCCCACUUAACAUGGCCAUUUCAGGGAAUAAAAUGUACCUUUGAGACCCUGAAAAGGGUCAGAGUCCCAGGGGUCUUGCAUCCUCUGCCUACUCUGGUUGAUCUGUGACCAGACCAGUCAAAGGAAGCAGCUGGAGGUGUGUGCUGGGGGGAGACUGACCAGAGAGGCCCGCCUGGCCGCAGACCUUUCUUCCAGGAGUGGCCUCCAUGUUUGCAGAAGCCUGAGGCCUGGGAACUAGUGGGAGGAGAGUGUCCUCUUUUGCAUAGCCCAGGAAUGCUUGUUCCCUGGGACCCAUGGAAGACUCGAACUUAAUCGUAAUUAUUGUUUCAAUUCAAAGUCUAUAUUUAGAGCUCAGAUGUUUUUAAUGUCAUUUAUGUUAAAGUAUUAAUACAUCCACUUGCAUAUUUCCC